AUGGAGGUGUUUAACAAGUUCUACUCAUCGGUUAGCAAUACCGUGUCCCAGUUAUCGGGAGUAUUGCCGGGUAAUCCAGUUACAAGAGAGUUCGAAGCGACUCAGUUCAUAGCUAGUGCAGGGCCAGGCUUACUGUGGAAAGUAUAUAAAGGAUACAAGAAAUCGACAAAACAGGAAGCAUCCAUUUUCGUGUUUGAAAAGAAACAAUUAGAAAGAUGGUCAAAAGCGGACAGAGAUAUCAUGAUAGACAUUUUAAAAAGAGGUAUUGUUCAAUUGACAAAAUUACGACACCCUCAAAUACUUACAGUUCAGCACAGUUUGGAAGAGAGUAGAGAAAGUCUUGCUUUUGCCACUGAACCUGUAUUCGCGAGCUUGGCCAACAUUCUUGGUAAUACUGAAAACAUGCCUCAUCCUUUACCAAACCACAUCGUUAAUUAUAAGCUCUAUGAAGUCGAAAUUAAAUAUGGACUAAUGCAAGUGGCAGAAGGCUUAGCAUUUUUGCACAAUGAUGUCAAACUGCUUCAUCAUAAUAUCUGUCCCGAAUCCAUAAUAGUCAACCAGCAGGGUGCAUGGAAAAUAUUUGGGUUCGAUUUCUGCAUUGCAAACCAAAGUAUGACAGGUUCGGCACCAUUUUGGCCGUUUACCGAAUAUUGCCAAGCAAUGCAUGCCCUAACUCAGCCAUCAUUGGACUUCUUGGCACCGGAAUACAUCCUAUCGGCAACUCAUUCCCCGGCCAGCGAUAUUUAUUCUCUCGGAAUGGUGAUAUACUCUUUGCAUAGCACAGGACAUAAUACUUUGGGAAAUGUUGGUAAUGAAUACAGUAAAUAUAAGAGGUUUGUUAAUGAACUGAAAACUUUAUCGCCUUCGAGACUGAUGUGUGUUAAUGAGGGGUUGAGGGAAUAUGUGAAAUUGAUGCUGAAUGUCACACCAGAGCUUCGGCCGGACCCUCAUCAGUUUCUAAAGAUACCAUAUUUUGAAGAUGUUGGUGUAAAAACUUUGAACUACUUGGAUUCCAUGUUCCAAUGGGAUAAUCUGCAAAAGUCCCAGUUCUACAAGGGCCUGCCACAAAUUAUACAGAAAAUGCCGCACCGUAUUUGUAUCUACCGAAUUCUUCCAUGCCUCACCAAAGAGUUCGUCAAUCCACCGAUGGUACCUUUCGUGUUGCCGAAUGUUUUGCUGAUAGCCGAAAAUUCAUCCAAGGAAGAAUACGUGAAAUAUAUUCUGCCAGUUCUGAAACCGGUCAUGCUUAUCCAGGAUCCGAUACAAAUCUUACUUAUAUUCAUGCAAAAAAUGGAACUGCUAUUAAAAUUGACGCCGGGGGACGAAGUGAAGACGGAAAUUCUGCCUAUGUUGUACAGAGCUUUGGAAUCGGAUGCUCAACAGAUUCAAGAGUUGUGUUUAUCGGUGUUACCAACAUUCGCUUCGUUGAUCGACUAUCCGGCCAUGAAGAAUGCUUUGCUGCCUCGUAUUAAAAAACUAUGCAUGAGCACAAACUAUAUAUCAGUGAGGGUGAAUUGUUUGUUAUGUUUGGGCAAGCUGUUGGAACAUUUGGACAAGUGGUUAGUUUUGGAUGAGAUCAUUCCAUUCCUGCCACAGAUACCGUCUCGAGAACCGGCUGUUCUUAUGGGAAUAUUAGGUAUAUAUAAAUUAACGCUAGGGCACAAAAAGCUGGGUAUCACCAAGGAGGUUAUGGCAACCAAAGUCCUGCCGUUCCUCAUACCUCUCUGUGUUGAGAAUGGUUUAACGCUGAACCAAUUCAAUGCCCUCAUAUCACUCGUGAAACACAUGAUAUCUAAAGUUGAAACCGAGCACAGGAGUAAGUUGGAGCAACUCAACUCAAUACAAAAUGAAUCAAAAGUAAUGGAGCAUGCAUUGACCUCACCGGAGACAUUAGUGACAAACACACAGACAGAUAUAGAUAAAAUGUUCUCCGGAUUAGGCGUGGACUCAUUCUCAUUUAAUAAACCAGAGAAACAUGAACCGACCACAACAGUGCCGGAGAGAAGUUCAUUGAGUAUUGAAGACAAACAGAGAAUAGCGCAACAUCAAGAGACAUCUCGUAAAUUUAACAGACAAACUCCCUCAGCGAUUCCAACGCCAUCUAUCGUCCCUCUACCACAACCUCCAAAACCCGUUGACUUAACAAACACAUUACUACAGUCCAAUCUCAACCAAUUGACUACAAAACAGUUUCAAGUCACAAAUAACACUAAUUCUCUCGCUAAUAUGACAUCCAGUGCAGCCAACACGAGUACACCAAAUUAUAAUCUCAAUAUAGGAAGUCCGAUAGGCUUCGGGUAUCAAAACCAAUCGAUGCCAUUUGAUAAUCAAUUGGCAUUACCGCCUAGCACUGGUUGGACAAGCCCAAACAGUGCUGCCAACACAACAUUUGGAAAUCAAAGUGCCAACUUCAAUAACAAAUGGGCGAACAAUCAAAGCAAUCAGAAUAAUAUGAAGCAGGACUGGUCAGCAUUUGAAUCUCUGUUACCGAGCCAGACUAAGAAUAAUUCUAGCAAUAAUAACAAUGUAAAGAAAUUAAGUGACAGCGAAAUGAUGGAUUUGUUAAGUUAA